AACUAAUGGAAAUAUAUAACAAAUAAAUGGAUGAUAUUAGUUGCAUUUUAGAUUGUGGAAACUAUGGAUCAUUGUAUUUAGGUAAUAUUGAAAGUGCAUGUAUUAAUCACAUUAUAAAAAGGUGACUUUGAUUCAUUGAAAAAAUUAAAAAUAAAAUCAAUAAUCAGUAUAUGCACAUCUAAAAUUCCAAUUUAAAUAAGUUAGUCAAUGAAAUACUAUUAGCAUAUAAUUUUAGAAGAUACUGAAAAUGCAAAUAUCUCUAGACAUUUUGAAAAUUGUUUUGAAUUUAUAGAGAAAGGAAGAUCUAUAGGUAAUGUUCUUGUUCAUUGUAUGGCUGGAAUCUCAAGAAGUGCUACAAUUGUAGCUGCUUAUUUAAUGAAAAAACAUAGAAUUAAUUCAAUGGAAGCCAUAUAAUAAUUGUAGCGUAAACGUUGGUAAGUUUAUCCAAAUGAAGGAUUUAUAAAAUAGUUAUUGCAAUAUGAUGAUGAAUUAAAUGUUAAAUAAAAUGUACAAAAAAAUGAAAGGUCUGAAAAGUCUAAUCAAAUCAAAUAGGAAAUUAAUAUAUAAUCAAUUAGGAAUACUAUUAUAAAUAAUAAUAAUCAAAAAAACAGUCAUCAAAAUAAUAAAAACUAGUAAUUUGAUGAAUACUCAAAAAUUAGAAAAAAAUAUGUGGAUUUAUAAAAUUAACAAUAGUAGAAAAAAUAAAUGGAUUAUUAAUAAUUAUUAGAGAGAAAAAUGAGCUAUCAUAAAAAAGAUAGCCUACAUAAUGAAGAUAAAUUGAAUAUAUAUGAAUAAACAUAAAAAAUCUCGAGAAUUUAAAGUAUUUACUCAUAGGUUGGGUAAAAAGACAAAAAUUAAAUAAAAAAUGAAUGUAAAUUUUGUGUUAAUAAGUAAGGUAAUUAUGUAAGCAUUCAAAAACAUUAGUUACGUCCAGGUUUAUCUGUAGAUACUAAUUAAAAUGGAUCACAAAAAUGCUUUGAAAAUAGAGUUUAUCCUAGUACAACAAGAAAUUCAAAAGGUCAAUAUGAAUGCAAUGUAAAUAAAUAGAAUAGUUGA